AUGUAAAUUCUAAAAAAGGCGGAUUUCUUUGGAGUACCAUUUGUAUAAAAUAUCGAUCACUAAUAAUCAAAAUAUCAAAGUGCAACUGGAGGAAUAUUAUCAAUUACAAUCUGUGUAUUAAGUUUAUCUUAUGCAUUUUGGGUUACUUACCUCUGGUAAUCAAAUUAAAUGAAUCCAAAAAUAUCUCGCGAGCAUUAUGUGUCAGACUAUUCUCUCCUCGACUUAAGUGAGGAUGUUGUAAGACUAUUAUUUUGGAAAGAUUAUGAUAAUAAAAUUGAUCCAUUUGCAAAUAAUAUUUUAUUGCCAUUAGUAAUUUACGCUCAAAACAACACAUUGACAGAGGCAAAAAUAAUUGAAAAUCCUCUCAAUACAACUGUAGGAGACUUUUAUAUACCAGAUAUGAAAUUUGGUUUCUCCUAUUAUAAUGGUUAUAUAUACACUUCGAAUGAAAUCUAUAUAGAAAUUGUGUUAUGCUCUGAGUAAUAUCUAAAACCUGGUGAAAAAUGUGCAUCACCAGAACUGACAGAAGAAUUUUUUGCCCAAGCAAAUAAUUUGAUAAUAGUUGAAUUUUAUUCAACAACAGUAGACCCUCGGGAUGGAUCAAAGUAACGCGGAUUCUAAGAAUAUUAUGUGUCAAUCGAAUAAAAAUUAUGCUAUGUACUAAAUACUUUUUUUAAAACAAAUUUAUUUGAACUUUAGAACUAUUUUUUAUUUGGCACAUCUGAUUACAAAGAAUAUAUUGUAGACACAUAAAUAUAAACCUAAACAAGUUCUUUUGAGUAUUGUAAAAACACAUUUUAAAAUGACGUAAUAGCAGUGAUCUACCUUGGAAUGAAAGGAACUCAAGAAAAAGUGAUACUGGAAUAUCCGCGUUUAGGAGAUCUAUUAGCAAAUAUCGGGUCCAUCGUAUCAAUAUUAUUUAUGCUCAAAUACAUAAUUAUGUUUAUAAAUGAACAUUAUUUAAAUAAAAAGAUAUUAAAUGAGGUUAUAAGUUAUUAUUAUCCAGAAUUUAAAAAGAUCUAAAUAACAAAGAAUUGGAGAGGAAGAAUAGUUUAAGUUCGUUUAAAUUAAGCAGAAAUAAAUGUUAGGAGUUACAUGAAAUUUUAUGAUAAAGUUUCCAAAUAGAUGCGAUAAAAAUUUAGCUAUUUGAAUUUAUUAUAUGAGAUAUCUAGGUUGUAUUUUGUUAUCAGAUCAUCAAAGUUCAGAAAUGAAUUUUGGAAAUCCCAUUUAAUUUGGAAUUAAGAUUAAUAUUCCUUAGUAUAAAGAUAGUGAGACCCUUGUUAGCUAAAAGUCAGAAAAAUUUUUUGAGAAUAAUGGUAUCUUAAAUGAGGAUGAUGCAGAAAUACUAUCUUAAGCCAGAAGUAACAUCGAUAAAAAUUUUGAUCUAAUUUCUGAAGAAUUAUAUAAUGAAGUCGAUUAUUAUUAUUUGAAUAAGAUUUCAUGA